AUGAGGUUCUUGGAUAAUCAGAUUUUAUUAAGAAAUGCGAACAAAACGGUUGUGGGCAAUUACGAUUACGGGUUGCCGAUGUCGACGUCGCAGGCGGCAGCAGCCGCCUCAUCAGUGGGCACCGGUACUUCGCUAGCCGGAGUGACGACAAGCCGUAAAGUGGGCAUUCAACAAGCAUCCGCUGUGGUCAAAGUGGAUAGUAUGCAGCAGGCAGUGAGCAACUCUUUCUCGAUUUUGAAGAAAUCCGAUCCAACACGUUUUAACAAAUAUGUGCUGAGUGGAGUCGACGAGAAAACCGUUGAGCAGGCAACAGCAGCAGCAGCAGCACAUGGAAAUUUGUCGGCAGCAAAUGGUGUGCAGAGAAUUUUGGUUGAUCCGGACAAACCGUCAGCUGCUUAUGCCAGCUAUGUUGAACAGGUGAGGAACCAAGCAACUUUUGCACUCCGAGGCGCACUUUUUAUCAAAUUUAUGAAUACAUACUCGUGA